AUGGCUUUUGUGCUCACCACUUUGCUGUUGCUCUACACCGGGUUCACGCUGUGCGUGGAUCAAGACAGGUGCACGCCUGAAAGACUGGAUCCUCUGGAGUUUGAGCCUCUGGAGUUUGAGCAUCAGGGCCACUUCGCCCCGCAGGUGCUUCUGAAGCUGCGGGCGUUUGAUGAGAACUUUUACCUCAACCUAGAGCCGGACUCCAGUUUUGUGACAUUAGAGAGCGGCGCAGACUUUGCUCACUGCUUUUACUCUGGACGCGUAAACAGAGACCAGGAUUCGUUUGCUGCGUUGAGCCUUUGCGGGGAGCUGCGAGGCAGCUUCUCAGUGGGAGGCAUGGAGUACUUUAUCAGUGCAUCCUCGGCUCCAGAACAUGAAGCAGGGCACAAGACGCACGUCAUCCAGCGUCGCGCGCGCGCUACGCCCCCAAGAGAGACCCUGAGCAGGUGCGGAGUCGCCCCGUACGCCCCGAAUGUGUCCUUAGACCGGUAUAAACACCUGGGUGACCUGGAGGAGGUCAGCAUGACCAGGAACGGGCGGAACAAACGCUUCGCCUCGGUCCCACGGUACGUGGAGGUUCUGGUUGUGGCGGACGAGUCAAUGGCUGCUUUCCACGGGGACGACCUCAAGCAUUACGUCUUGACCUUAAUGUCUGUGGCCGCCCGCCUUUACAAGCACCCCAGCAUCCUGAACUCUAUUAACCUGGUGGUGGUGGGCUUCACCGUCCUGAGUGACACAGACAAAGGGCCCAAGGUCUCCAGCAACGCGGCCCUCAGUCUGCGCAACUUCUGCUCUUGGCAGAAGAAGCUCAACAAGCACAACGACAAACACCCAGAGUAUUGGGACACAGCCAUUCUCUUUACUAAGCAGGACCUGUGUGGAGCAACUACCUGCGACACUUUGGGGAUGGCUGAUGUUGGGACCAUGUGUGACCCAAAAAGGAGCUGCUCAGUCAUAGAGGACGACGGUCUGCCCUCAGCCUUCACCACUGCACAUGAACUGGGUCAUGUCUUCAACAUGCCCCACGACAAUGUGAAAGCGUGUGAGGAGGUGUUUGGGAAACUGAAGGACAACCACAUGAUGUCUCCCACUCUGAUCCAGAUCGACAGGACGCGGCCGUGGUCCGUGUGCAGUGCCGCCAUCAUCACAGAGUUCCUGGACAGAGGUCAUGGAGACUGUCUGCUAGACCAGCCUCAGAGGCAGCUCUCUCUCCCUGAUAUUCUCCCUGGUGCGACCUACAGCCUGCAUCGACAGUGUGAACUCGCCUUUGGUCCUGGGUCCAAGCCCUGCCCGUACAUGCAUCCUUGCUCCAAGCUGUGGUGCACAGGGAAGGCCCGUGGCCAGCUGGUGUGCCAAACCAGACACUUCCCCUGGGCAGACGGCACAAGCUGUGGUACUGGCAAAAUCUGUUACAAAGGAACCUGUGCCGAAAAGAACACCACCACCACACACAUUAAGCUGGACGGCCAAUGGGGAAAAUGGGGUCCGUUUGGGGACUGUUCGAGAAGCUGUGAUGGCGGUGUGCAACUGGCCAAAAGAGAGUGCAACAACCCCGUCCCAGAAAAUGGAGGAAAAUACUGCUACGGACUGCGGAUCAAAUAUCGCUCCUGCAACCUCAGCCAAUGUCCUGAGUCAAGCAAGAGUUUCCGCGAUGAGCAGUGUGAAGCGUUCAAUGGAUUAAAUCUGAACACUAACAGACUGGGCUCCUCUGUGGUGUGGGUUCCCAAAUACUCUGGCGUCUCUCCCAAGGACAAAUGUAAGCUCAUCUGCCGCGCAAAUGGGACUGGAUACUUCUACGUCCUGGCUCCAAAGGUGGUCGAUGGGACGCCGUGCUCACCUGACACCACAGCUGUGUGCGUCCAGGGCAGAUGUAUCAAGGCGGGUUGUGACGGGAGGCUGGACUCCACUAAGAAAUUUGACAAAUGUGGAGUGUGUGGUGGGGACAACCAGGGCUGCAAGAAGGUCUCAGGAAUGUUCACAAAGCCUGUUCACGGCUACAACUUUGUGGUGAUGCUGCCUGUGGGAGCUGCCAACAUUGAUGUGCGUCAGCGCGGAUACCGGGGCCUGGUCAGUGACGAGAACUAUUUGGCUGUGAAAAACCGCCAAGGGCAAUACCUGCUUAAUGGGAACUACGUGGUGUCGGCUGUGGAGCGGGACCUCCUGGUAAAGGGCAGUUUACUGCGCUACAGUGGAACGUCCAGCUCAGUAGAGAUUCUGCAAGCCAUCAGACCACUGCAGGAAGCUCUCACUGUGGAGGUGCUUUCGGUGGGCAAAAUGACACCACCCCGAGUGAGGUACUCCUACUAUAUCUCCAAGGAGAGCAAGGAGGAGAAGAUUCUGCGCAAAGAAGAGAAGAGUCACAUCUCUCUGAACAGUGUGCUGGACAAUAACAAAGUGGAGGCCAAGAAACACGUAUUAGAUAAAACUCCCAUGAGCCACUGGGUGUCGGGGAGUUGGGAAAAGUGUUCUGUGUCGUGUGGGACAGGAGUGCAGAGACGUCUGGUGCAGUGUCAGAGCAUAGAGGGUCGUACUGCAACAGACUGCCACAGUGCAGAGCGGCCCAUUUCAGCUAGAGCCUGUGGGGACCCCUGUCCAUUGUGGGAUACUGGGGAGUGGUCUUCCUGCUCUAAGACCUGUGGUCGAGGAUUUAGGAGGCGCUCCGUACGCUGCAUCACUGACAAUGGACUGAACUUACCCAGAGAGCACUGUACCGGACGGAGGAAGCCUCAGGAACUGGACCUUUGCAAUAUGAAGCCUUGUUAG